AUGAAUGAACAAAACGAGAGCGUUUGUUUGAACAGUUCACUGAUAGAGGUGGACUUCUUCAACAAGCUGGAGGACAUCGACGUGACAGCUGACGGGAGCCCGGCUCUGAGGGUCCUCAUCUGCCUUGUUUACUCUGUUGUGUGCGCUGCGGGUCUGAUGGGCAACCUGCUGGUCCUCUUCUUCAUCAGGGUCAAACAGGAGAGGAAGAAGUCCACAGUGAACUUCUUCGUGUUCAACUUGGCGGUGACGGACCUGCAGUUCGUGCUCACUCUGCCCUUCUGGGCAGUGGACACCGCGCUGGACUUCAGCUGGCCGUUUGGAGACGCCAUGUGCAAAAUCGUCCUCUCGGUCACCGUGAUGAACAUGUACGCCAGCGUGUUUUUUCUCACGGCUAUGAGUGUGACCCGCUACUGGUCGCUGGCCUCGGCUCUGAAGAACAACGACGCGCGGAAGUCAUGCUCUGCCAAAUGGACCUGCGCAAUCAUUUGGACACUUGCGACUCUGGCGACUGCACCCACGUCGAUUUUCUCAACUGUCAGCAACGUAACCGGAGAAAAACUCUGCCUGCUGAGGUUUCCCGGUGGACAGUACUGGUUAGCAGUUUAUCACAUACAGAAAAUACUUGUAGGUUUUGUUUUGCCAAUGUCCAUCGUGUCCAUCAGCUACAUCAUGCUGCUGCGCUUCAUCCGCACUCGGAGUAUGAAAACAAGCAACCCCAAACGGAGAUCCCAAGUUACAAAAUCUAUCACCAUCGUCGUGUUGUCUUUCUUUCUGUGCUGGAUGCCGAACCACGCCAUCACUUUGUGGAGUGUACUGGUCAAACUGAACGCUGCACACUGGGACAAAGCUUAUUACAUAGUCCACACAUAUGUGUUCCCAUUGACCGUCUGUUUGGCGCACACCAACAGCUGCCUGAACCCGAUUAUUUACUGUCUCAUGAGGAGGGAGUUCAGGAACAAACUGAGAAGCCUGAUAAACAGAGGAUGAUGUUUUUCGAGCUUUGGGAUCGAUUUAAUGUGUUGACAAACUACCCAUGACGCACCGAGUGCGCACGGCGAAAAAGGGAUGGAGUGAGAGAGGAGACCUUUCAGAAAGCACAAAGACGACAAGCAGCAUGAUAUAAACACUAUUCACUCCAUUCUGCUUGUGAAAACGUAACUUUCAUCUGCGCUUAUUCUCUUUAAAGGCUUGCGUAAUGUGGCUAAUGUCUGCUGGUACUGGGCUUUACGCAUACGAAUGUGUGUAUAAAAAAAAUACACACGUAUGAUCACCGUGGCACUACUUGUCAAAUAUGCAGUAGGAGUUAUGUGUCUCUUGUCUACAUCCGUGACCGCGUGCGUAAUUGCGCAUGGUAAUUAACCAUGCAUUAGUGUGCUCUCGUUAUAUAGCUGAGCGCUUUUUACAUCCCUCUGUGAAUAUCUUUGCAAAUAAUGUAACCAGUGUACGAUUAGUGUGUCAAUCAUGGAUGCGAAC